CUGCAAACAAAGUCAAUGAGCCAUUUUGAUAAUUUUCUAAAGUGGUUCCAAUAGAAUUGCUACCGUCUAUAAUUCAAUUCAAUGGUUUUCCUUUUCCAUAUGAAAACACACUCAAAUUUCCAUGAGACAGAAACACAAAAGAAAAUUAAAUCCACGAGGCAUAAACUUGCAUAAUAUAAAUAAUGGAAGUUAAUGACGUAUGUAUUGUUUGACCAUUUCGUCCUGUUGGAGUUGGUUUCACUUUACAUGGAGUGGAAACUUCUCCGCGGUGAACAAGUUUUUUCAAAAACCUGAGUACCAGACCUCUCUCUCUGUCUCUCGCUCUUUAUUAUGUUGCUGGAAGGACAGUUACUAAGCAACCAAACAAGUGAUCGUUGAUGGUCGUUCUUAUUCUAUUUCCUGCUUCUUUCGGUUCAUUGCGACAUGCCGACAUCAAAACCCUUGUGCUGGUAUCUACUCUGUGCCGGUCUUUAUAACCUCCUCAUGUUUGAUAAGCUAUUAUGGGUGUUUCAUGGUUAAGAUCACAUAUAGUUUGCUGGAUUUAAUUACUGUUACAAAGGGUGCACUCCAGGGUUGAAGUGGAGGAAAACCUUCUUCGGGUUCAGUUGCCGACUCAUGAUCAAAAUAAAGUAUCUCUCUCUCUAGAUGAAUCAAAGAGACUGAAAUGAUAUGUAGUUAUUAUGGGCUUUGUGACAGGUUUGCUUUCAAUUGUUUACCUUGACAGGGCUGGGGUUUGAUUGAUUGUGAGCAUUGAUAAACACAAGAAGUUGGUGAUGAAUUGUUUCUCUUUCUUUUCUAGUAAAAAAGGGGAUUCCUCGGGUAAAAAAGCAAUUGAAGGUGAUGAAGAGCUUUCAGGCAUCCAGAAUGUUUACUUGUACACUUACAAGGAAUUGCGGGUUGCAACCAAUCAUUUCAGUCUAGCAAACAAAAUCGGGGAGGGAGGAUUCGGUUUGGUCUAUAAGGGAAGGCUAAAAAAUGGCUGUGUAGCUGCUAUAAAGGUAUUGUCAGCUGGCUCAAAGCAAGGGGUGCGGGAGUUCUUGACAGAAAUAAAGGUGAUCUCAGAAGUAGAGCAUGAGAACCUGGUCAAGUUGUAUGGUUGCUGUGUGGAAGGAAACCACAGGAUUUUGGUAUAUGGCUUUCUCGAGAAUAACAGCCUUGCACAAACACUUCUUGGUGGAGGCCACAAUAGCAUCCAAUUCAGUUGGCAAAUACGGCAAAAAAUUUGUGUUGGUGUUGCUCGGGGGCUUGCAUAUCUUCAUGGAGACGUCCACCCUCAUGUUAUUCAUAGAGACAUCAAAGCAAGUAAUGUUCUCCUUGAUAAAGAUCUGACGCCCAAAAUUUCAGAUUUUGGUCUUGCAAAGUUCAUUCCACCUAACCUGACCCAUAUUAGUACACAUGUAGCUGGAACAACAGGUUAUCUGGCACCUGAAUAUGCAAUGCGUGGUCAAGUGACAAGGAGAUCGGAUGUUUAUAGCUUUGGUGUUCUGCUCUUAGAAAUUGUUAGUGGGAGGUGCAACAUAAACAGACGAUUACCACCUGAAGAGCAAUAUCUACUGGAAAGGGCGUGGGAACUGCAUAAGAAGGGGGAGCUGCUGAGAUUAGUGGACACAUCACUGAAUGAGGAGUCCAACCUUGAGGAGGCUUGCAGCUUUCUGAAGAUUGGUCUUCUUUGCACCCAAGACAUGCCAAAGCUCCGACCAUCCAUGUCCACUGUUGUGAGAAUGCUACUGGGCGAAAUACAUGUAAAUGAUCAGGAGAUAUCAAAACCAGGCAUACUUUCUCUCUUGGAUUCAGAAGACAUCAAAGGCCAGGAUUAUAAGGCCGAAAUGAAGAAUACAUCUUGUGCAACAUCUUCACGUUUAGGAAAGCUGGAUAAUUCAUCUUCGUCAUCAGAAGACAUGACCGCCUCUGUUGCUACCAUGACCUUCACUUCAAUAUAUGACCGAAGCAAAUAAAUAGAGUUGAAGUUUUGUUAGGCAUUGUUUGGAAAGCCCUUUCAGGCUUCUUGUCUCGAUUUAUUCUGAGCAAAAAUCAUUAUAAAUGUUGCUUUCUAAACAAAUUAAAGUACUUUCAAAGUGUCAACUGAGCAAAUUUCUUCGUGUGACUUCCAGUUGGGUAAAUCUUUUAUCAUCAACUGCAUUAUUUUCCUUUA